AUGGAUAUGGAAUACAACAACUUUUUGCACUACUCCACUCGGCUGCUGAUGUCCGACGUGUUGGGCGACGUCUACGUGGAACUGUCCAAGCAGAAGUCGGCAAACAGCCGGUUCAUGUUCACGCGGGCCCUGCUUCGCAAACAUAAAAUUCUGGUCCCGACGUUGGACGUCGACAUUGAGUACGAUCAUCCCAUCAUGUCGACGAGCCUCCGACAAAAUGGCAACGUGUUCUUCAAGGCCAAAUUGUACGCGGCCGCCGCCGACAUGUACACCAAGAGUUUGACGGGCUGCGAUCCGAGCACCGAGUACUACGCGCUCGCGAUGGCCAAUCGGUCGGCCGCGCACUUCCACAUGGGCCAGUACGAGCGGUGCCUGAAUGACGCGCGUUGUGCCUUAGGGUCCAAUAAUUACCCCUCCAAGCUCGCGUACAAGCUGUACGAGCGGGCCGGCCACGCAGAACGCAUGUUGGACCUCGUCGAACAGGCGAAGGAGAGCUACGCCAUUUGCCUGACACGACUGGACGAGUCGGACUUGUCUGUGGAGAAUAAACGGAAGUUCAGAACGGCGGUAGAAAAGGCUGCGACUGAGUGCGAGGAACUGCUGACUGAGCGGAAACGGACGAUGAAAACACCUCCCGUCGAACACCUGGUUGGUGGAAAAAACAAAAACAUUCCUGCACUAUCGGCCUUUGUGGAACUGAAGAUGUCUGAGAAUAUGGGACGUGGUGUUUAUGCCACCCGCGACAUUAACCCCGGUAAGUGA